ACAGCAGCAGCAGGCUUUCGUUUAGCGGCUGUCUUCGAUCGGCUGCAGGAAAUUGGAGCUGCAGAAGCAGAGGCGACGGCUGCUACGAUUUUAAAUGGACUUGGGUUCGACACGGAUAUGCAAAAGAAGAAAGUCUCCGCGCUGAGUGGAGGCUGGAUUGUGCGAGUUUGUUUGGCUCGAGCGUUGUUUGCCGAUGCCGACGUGCUGCUGCUGGACGAACCCACAAAUCAUUUGGAUUUAAAAGCCAUUAACUGGUUAACAGCCUACUUAACGGGAGACAGCAAAACACUGGGCGGAGAGAAUGCGCUGAGGCUGGCAAAAGAUAAGAUCGUUAUUGUCGUCAGCCACUCCCGAGAUUUCCUUAACGAUGUGUGCACUGAUAUUAUCCACUUUACCAAUCAAAAGCUAAAUUACUACAAAGGCGACUUCGACACUUUCGAAAAUGUCCGAGCUGCACAGCAGCUGCAGCAGCAGCGUCAAAUCCAAUCGGUGGAAAUGAAGCAGAAACACAUGAAGGCUUUCAUAGACAAAUUCAGAUGCAACGCUAAGCGGGCCUCUCUGGUGCAGUCUCGCAUAAAGGCUUUAUCACGCUUGCCAAUGCUGGAACAAGUAGCAGAAGAUCCGUCUUUGCGAUUCAAAUUAAAGGAGCCAGAGCAGCUGUCGCCUCCUCUGCUGCAGCUGAUCGACGUCACGUUUAAGUACAAACGGCGGAGCGACAAGGAGCUAGACGCAGCAGAGACUCAAGGCAAUAACGACACGACCAGUGAUAAUAAUACUCUUGCAAACAAGCUAGUAGAAAGCGAAAACAACAACGCACAAACAAAAACGCAAAAGGCAAACGAUACUGGUGCCGGCGAUCUUCUCAUCGUCCAAGACUGCAACUUGAACAUCGAUAUGGAGUCGCGUAUUGCAAUAUGUGGGCUGAACGGCAGCGGCAAAAGUACUUUGUUGAAGUUGUUGGUAGGCCAAAACGAAUGCUGCGGCGGCCAAAUCCACCGCAGCGGGAAACUUCGGAUUGGAUACUUUACGCAGCAGCACAUCGACCAGCUCGAUUUGACUCUCAACGCUGUUCAGAGCCUCCAGAUCAGGUAUCCUGAGGCAAAUCUCUCUGAUGAGAACGCAAGAACGUAUUUAGGACAAUUUGGUAUUAGCAAUAUGCUGGCAUUGGAGCCGCUUUACAUCCUCUCGGGAGGCCAGAAGAGCCGCGUUGCAAUAGCCCUCAUGGCUUUCAAUAACCCACAUAUUCUUCUUCUUGAUGAACCCACAAACCACUUGGACUUAGAUGCCGUCCAGGCACUGAUUGCUGCCCUCAACGAAUACGCGGGUGGGGUUGUGGUGGUGAGCCACGAUAGCCACCUGCUCUCUUGCGUUGCAGAUGAAAUCUACACAUUAGACAAACAGACAAAGAGGCUUCUGAAGUUCCAUGGCGAUUUUAUGGAAUACAGAAAACAGUUGCUGAGAAAUGUCGUUCAUUAA